GCCUAUAAAAUGGUGCCAACAUACUAGUCAAUGGCAAUAUUCAAUAAUCCACUAGCUGUGGAAAGCUGCUCAUCCCAUGGCUUCAUUUCUGCUACUGCUUCUUUUUUCCUUUAUGUCAUGCCCCAUCUUUUCUUCCUCAGCACCACUUCAAACCACCAAGCCCUAUAUUGUUUAUAUGGGAAGUUCAUGGAAUGAUCAGAAGACAGAAGUAGGUGCCAGAAUUGCAGAAUCAGCCCAUUUGCAUUUGUUGUCAUCCAUUAUACCCAGCCAAAAGAGUGAAAGAAUAUCUUUGAUCCAUUCUUAUCACCAUGCUUUUAAUGGGUUCUCUGCAAUGCUUACUGAGGAUGAAGCUUCCUUGUUAUCUGACCAUCCUGAGGUCCUUUGUGUCUUUCCUAAUUCGGUUCUUCAACUCCAUACAACUCGUUCUUGGGAUUUCUUGGAUGCUCAAUCUGGCAUUGGAUCAAGGCUUGGUUAUUAUCAACACCAUCACUCAUCACAUGAUGUUAUAAUCGGAAUAAUAGACACAGGCAUAUGGCCUGAGUCUCCAAGUUUUAAUGAUGACCACAUGGGGCAAAUACCUUCAAGAUGGAAGGGAGUCUGCAUGGAUGGAUCUGACUUCAAGAAGUCCAAUUGUAAUAGGAAGUUGAUUGGUGCAAGAUACUAUAACUUCCCAGGCUCACCAAGGGAUAUUUCUGGACAUGGAACGCACACAGCAUCUACUGCAGCUGGUUUAGCAGUCGCGAAUGCUAGUUUUUAUGGAUUGGCAAGAGGGACAGCCCGAGGUGGGGCUCCUUCUGCUAGGAUUGCAAGUUAUAACAUAUGUUCAGAACGUGCAGGAUGCACGGCUGAUGCUAUGCUGAAGGCCAUUGAUGAUGCUAUUGAGGAUGGAGUUGAUGUAAUAUCAAUUUCAAUGGGCUCAGAUAUUCAGUUGGGAUUUUUACAAGAUCCAGUUGCCAUUGGAGCAUUCCAUGCUGAGCAAAUGGGUGUGAUGGUAAUUUGCUCUGCUGGUAACGAUGGUCCGGAUGCUUACACAGUUUCUCACACAGCUCCAUGGAUCCUUACAGUUGCAGCUUCUAGUAUUGACAGGGAUUUUCAGUCCAGGGUGAUGCUUGGCAAUGGAAGAACUAUUGAAGGAUCUGCAAUCAAUUUUUCUAAUCUCACUCGGUCCAAGAUGUAUCCGCUAGCACUUGGAGAGAAUGUUGCCAGUAAUAACACACUUGUAUCAGAUGCAAGGAAUUGCGUUCCAGGGUCAUUAGAUUCCAAAAAAGCUUCAGGAAAGAUAAUCGUAUGUGUUACCAGUAACAAAACUAUUUGGAAAGAAGACAGGGCAUAUGCUGCAGAAUCUGUCAAAGCCAGAGGGUUGAUUUUAGUUGGCGAAAACGUAGAAGGUUAUCUUUAUAAGGCAGGUUCUUUUCCUUUCACUGAAGUUGAGAAGCAUGCAGGGUAUAAGAUCUUUAACUACAUCAAGUCCAGCAAGAAACCUGUAGCAACUAUUCUUCCAUCAGUUGAUGUGUUGGGGAUUAGACCAUCACCAGUUGUUGCAUCUUUCUCAUCAAGAGGCCCAGGAAACCUUACAGAAAAUAUCCUCAAGCCUGAUAUAAUGGCUCCAGGAGUUCAUAUUUUGGCAGCAAUUCCUCCAUUGAGUGAUGAACCAGGUCUUCCCAUUGGAAAGAAGCCAUCAAAAUUUGGCAUUAAAUCUGGGACUUCCAUGGCUUGUCCCCAUGUAUCAGGGGCUGCCGCAUUUAUAAAAUCAGUUCAUCCCAAUUGGAGUACAUCAAUGAUCAGAUCAGCUCUCAUGACAACAGCAACCAUUUCUAAUAACAUGGAAAAGCCAUUGACAAACACCUCAGGUUACCCGGCAAGUCCACAUGAAGCUGGUGUAGGAGAAAUCAGCCCAGCCAGAGCUCUUGAUCCAGGCCUAGUCUUCGAAACCACAGAAGAAGAUUACUUGAAUUUCCUUUGUUACUAUGGAUACUCAGAGACAAAAGUAAAGAAAAUGACAAAGACAAAAUUCAAAUGCCCGAAGGGAUCAAGCAAAGAGCUCAUUACAAGUAGCAUCAACCACCCAUCAAUCUCCGUAGGCAAGCUUGAUCAAAAGCACCCUGCCCAGAUCAUUAGAAGGAAGAUGACAAAUGUUGGGUCUACAAAUGCCUCGUAUUAUUCCAGAGUGUAUGCUUCCAGGGGAUUAACGGUGAACGUUUCUCCGAAGAAAAUUAGUUUCAAUGAGAGUAAGAGAAAGGCUUGGUUUAGAGUGUUGUUUGAUGGUAGGAAAGCUCCCAAGGGUUAUCAUUUCGGAUAUGUAAUGUGGUCUGACGGCCAUCAUAGAGCUCGUAUCGUUUUUGCUGUUAAUGUUCACUAAAAUGCCGUUUAAGGAAAUGGAAAUAGAGGAAAUAAAUAUCAGAGUUUGGCUC